AUGUACUUUAUUGAUAAAAUCCUUGACAAAAUUAGGAUCUGUAAAUAAAUGUCUUAAUUCUUCUACUUUAAUAUAAAAGUAAGGGAAAUAGCCAUGAACAUGAACACACAUACGUUCCUUAGUUUUUGGUUCAUAUCCAAAUAGACGUAUAACAGGUGCAAAUUAGAUUGGACGAUCUAAGUAAUCUGUGUUUGAAUAUUUAAGGGUGUCAAACAAAGUUUCUGAAUUAGGUUAACUAAUUUUAGAUCCAGGAAGAGGUAGAUUCAUGAUGUAAUAAUCAUGAGCAAAUGGAAUAAAAUCAAUUUCCAUAAUAAAUA